AUGCAUCAUAUGAAAUUCUCUUAUGACACACUGGGAGAAGAAUGUUUGAAUCGCCUUGACAAGAUUUCACCACCUACUACAGGUGAAAUCCCUCGAAAUCAAAGCAGAUUUCCCUCCAAAGAGACAAGCGAAAUUCCGAGAAGAGACUUGUACGCUCUGUUACGAGAUAAUGCUUCCUCAGAUGAGAAACUAGGCCAACUAUGGAAAGAAGUGAACACUAUUCCGGACUGGGUGGACUGGGACCAAAUUGCUCGAGGUCAAGAUGUAUUCUACAGAUACGGAGGAGUAGCUUUCACAGCUCUCGCAUAUCAAUCUCUACUAGGAGGCAUGGGAGCAGCAAGAGUAUCCGAAGUCCUCGCUCGAACAGGUGGCUUCUCAACCAAAGUCGCCAAAGCCCGAAUGUACGAAACGACACAACAUAUCCUGCAAGUAACACGCUCGAUUGAAGCAAUUCAACCUGGCGGCGAAGGCCAUGCUUCGACCAUCCGAGUCCGCCUCCUUCACGCCGCCGUUCGACGACGUAUCAUGACCCUUGCAAAGGAGAAACCGUCUUACUACUCUGUCUCAGACUUUGGUGUUCCCAUCAACGACCUCGAUAGUAUUGGAACUAUCAGUACUUUCUCUUCCACUUUGAUCUGGGUCGGUUUCCCGCGGCAAGGGAUCUGGCUCCGUAAACAAGAAAUUCUGGAUUAUCUUGCGCUGUGGAGAUUAGUGGCGUACUAUGUCGGGACGCCAGAUGACUAUUUCGCCACGCCGGAAAGUUCAAAAGCUAUUAUGGAAUCUUUGUUGAUUUCGGAGAUCCAGCCGAGUGAUAUGUCGAGGGUGCUAGCGAACAACAUCAUCCUUUCGUUGCAGGGACAGCCGCCCGCUUAUGUUUCUCGGGACUUUCUAAAUGCGAGCGCGAGGUGGCUGAACGGGGAUGAUUUGGCGGAUGAGUUGGGCUUAGGGAAGCCGAACUUGUACUACAAGGCGUUAGUUGCUGGGCAGUGCUUGUUCUUCAUGUUUUUGUGUUACACGAAUCGUUCGGUGGCAUCGUGGGAUAGGAAGCAUGUCAAAGCUUUGAGACGCAUUUUCUACCACGUUAUUGUUGAGAACAAGGCACAUGGUUUAGGGGAAGAAACGAAUUUCGAGUUCAAGUAUAUUCCCAGUCUAGAUACUACUACCUCCAUGGGAGAUUAUAUAUCUGAAGGGAAGGAAUCAGUCGUUGAACGACGGAACUUGCAGGCGUUUGUCAUAGGCAGUACGAUCGUGGGUUUAGUUUCAUUGAUUGGGCUUCGGAUGACAUGGGGAGUUUUCGGUGGCCUAAGGGCGCUGUGGAUAUCACGGAAUUAA